GCUUGCUUGAGCAGGUGGGGACUUCCAAGGUAGCUAGACUAGAACAACAUUAGUGGGCUUUUAGCUAGAUAACUAAACAGGAUAUUAAAAGCUUGGUGUUGCUGUAAGCAGCCGGAGCUUUGGAAAUGGCAUUGAGGCUUCCGUCCGUUCUGACCCUCUCCCUGUCGGGAGCGUUGGCAUUCCUGGGUCUCUGGUGGUACACCUCUCGGAAGAAAGGUCAUACUGACGAGGGUGACGCGAAGGACAAGAUGGCGGCAGACCGAGAGCACCUCUUGUCCUCCGCCAGCGAGGAAGCCGCCGGUGUGGUGGGUAACAGCUGCUCUACCGGGUCGGGUGGCGACGAGUGCGCGGCGAGUCGGAGGUGGUUGGUGGAGCGGGAGCCUGUUCAUAAUGCAGACUACCCUGAAGCAGCAGGGCUGGGUUCUUUCCCGCUCUGCCCCCCGCAACCUGUGGAAAGGGCGUUUGCAGGGUGUCUCCGUGGCAGCCUGGAUACAGCCACAGUGGAGCCUGUCACUGAGAGCUCAGAGUCUUCCGCCGAAGGUUACCCAGAGACCUCGCCCAGUAGCCAAGGUCAACAGGGGCCUGAGAGGGAUAUGUCAUUAAAAAUGAACCACCAGCCACCCUGUGAUGAGGAGCAGGUCACCUCCCUCUGUGUCCUAGGCGAUGGGAAGUCCGAUGUAUCUGGCAUGAGUGCCUGCUAUAAGCCCCCAGCGCUGGAGAGCGUUCCAGACAGCGCCUCAACUGAAGAGCCUGCAGAGGAGGUUAGAGAGGACCCAGAGGGGGAAGUCGGAGAAGAGAAGAUGUCCAUGCCUUUCGCAGAGACGAGGCCUCCGAUUGAUCUGGCUGAGAACCUCGUCUCCAAAGACGACCCACCCGAUCUGUCUGCUUUGGAAGAACUGGUCUGCGACUCCAGUCUACUGGACGACACCGGUCCGGCUUCCCCCAGCCACCGCUCUCUCAGCCAGGUGACCCCCCCCGGGCAGCCAGUGGUCAUUCCGAGGUCACCCCAGAAGAAGGACCAGUUUGAGGAGUGUGAACUCAGCCGGAGCGACACGCUGGAAAUGAGACAUUUGGCGUCCGGUCUGAUCACUGACGUGGUCACAGCAGCACUGAAUCAAGUAAUGCAGGAACAGACCCUGUUGGAACUUGUCCAGAGCAGAGAUCCCUGUGCAGACCACCUCUCCAUGGAUGACAGCCAAAUGACCCACCUACUGCCCAAGGAUCAGUGUUCAGGAACAGGCAGUGAGAAGGCCCGUUCAUCUCCUGCAGUCUGUGAGGAUGUAAAACUUGAUUGCUGUAGGUCAGGUGGGUCUGAGCUGGCAGAGCUGGCAGAUGUGGAUUCUGGCUCUAGUUCGGCUCAGUCUGAGGAGAGCUCCAGUGGCGAGGACUUGAGCCCCAGAGUAAGCCCGCAACCACCCAGAGAACAAGCUGAGGGACCGGGGACCACCCGCAUGGCCCACAUUAACGGUCACGGGAUGGAGAAUGUGGCUGUUUCAGGCCCUGGUGUGAACAGCGUGGACUCGGCCCACAGCCACUGGGAGCAUAGUAACCGUGCCAGUCCUCUAAGUCAACUCCUGAACACCGGUCAGCCAAAUGAAAAAUACAACAACAACUGCAGCAGCAGCAGCCAGACUCCAACUGUCUGGGAGAUAGAGGUGCCAAAGCAUCUUGUUGGGAGAUUGAUUGGGAAGCAGGGCCGAUAUGUGAGCCACCUGAAAGAGACGUCCGGGGCCAAGGUCUUCAUCACCACCCUGCCUUACACCCAAGAGGUCCAGAUCUGCCACCUAGAAGGGUCAGAGGAGCAGGUGGGUUGCGCUCUGGAGCUGAUCAGGAAGAAGUUCAAAGAUCUAGACGUCACCAACUGUUCCGUCCGACCUCCAGUGGCCGGCCUCCCCUCUCUCCCCGUCACGUCCUGGCUGAUGCUUCCCCAUAGGUUGACGGUGGAGGUGACAGUGGUCCUGGUGGCAUCGGGGAACUACGUCUUCCUCCAGCAGCACACCCACCCCACCUUCCACGCCCUCCGCAGCCUGGACCAACAGAUGACCUUGUGCUACUCUCACCCAGGCUGCCCAGCCCUGCCGGCCCCAUUGGAAGUGGGAGUGAUCUGUGCGGCCCAGAUGCCUGAAGGAGCCUGGUGGAGAGCACAGGUGAUCAGCUACCACGAAGACACCAGGGAAGUGGAGCUCCGCUACGUGGAUUACGGUGGCUAUGACCGGGUGAAGAUCGACACCCUGCGGCAGAUCAGGUCUGAUUUUGUUUCUUUGCCCUUCCAAGGGUCUGAAGUGAUAUUGGAAAAUAUUGCCCCGCUACCAGGAGAAGAGGAGUUUUCAGCUGCAUCCAAGUGUGCCCUGGAGGAGAUGACUCAAGGAUUGGCAGUACUGGCGCAGGUCACCAGCUGUCACCCCACUGGCAUUCCUCUGGUCCAGCUCUGGAGAACGGAAGGGGAAGGGUUAGUGUCCGUGAACCGAGCCCUGGUGGACAACGGACUGUGCCGUUGGGUAGACAGCCCCUGACUGAAGACCAAUCCUGGCCCUGUUAAGAUGCUUUUGAAAGGCGUGCCUCCCUUCUGAGUUGAGCACAGAUCCGCACGUGACUGGUUAUGUGUUAGUAAUGUUAACAUCCUCUUACUUCAGCAGUCUACCAGUUAUUUAUAUAUAUAUUUUUUUUUACCAUCGAUAAGAAACAACACAUUUCUGAAUGAUCCAAACAGGGCCCCUGUCUUUCCUGUUCACCUCAUCAGUCUGUCCUCUGGCUUGCUACCCCACUGGGAACAAUCCUGUCAUCCCAGUGAACCCUCGUAAUUCGGUCUGAGUUAUUUCAUUUCUGAGGUUUUGUUUUAUUUCCCCCCUUCUGUAAAUGUUCAAAAAUCAUUACAUAGUUUGGCCAUAUGUUUGAUUGGUCCCUGUCAUCCCUACCCCACAAAUUACUAUCUUUUCAGUGUAUAAAAUUCUGUAAAAAAAUGAAAUACCGAUGAGCAAUUGGUACUAAGACUUCUGUUCAUAGCCCUGGACUAAUGGUGUAGGAUGUACAGUAUAGCCGCGGUCUAAAAAUGUAUUGACUUCAGUCAGACCUCAAUAAAUGAAUGCAUAUAG